AACCAAAAAACACUGAGCUGUGCAACGUACACACACACACACAAAAUAAAACUACACUAUUUUCCUUCUCUUCUACUCUAGUUUUAUUUUGUCCUUUUAGUACGUCUUUUCACCCUUAUUCUUUCUCAUGGAUCUCUUUUCUAAUUUGUUCUAUGGUCUUCCUUUAUACUACCUACUCUAUUUGAUAUGGAAGAUUAUAGAUCGAAAGAAGCACCAAAAUUGUUACAUUUUGGACUACGAAUGUCACAAGCCAACCGAUGAUAGAAUGCUUAGCACAAGAUUUUCAGGCGAAAUAAUUUGGAGGAACAAACACCUUGGCCUAAAUGAGUAUAAGUUCCUGUUGAAAUCUGUCGUUAGCUCGGGUAUUGGUGAAAAAACGUAUGCACCACGAAUGGUGUUUUAUGGCCGCGAAGCAAGUCCUACGUAUGAAGAUGGGAUCUUGGAGAUGGAAGAAUUUUUCCAUGAUAGCAUUGGCAAUCUCUUCAAGAGGAACAAAAUUUCCCCUGGUGAAAUCGAUGUCCUUGUGGUGAAUAUAUCAAUGUUAGCUUGUAUGCCAUCGAUGGCAGCUCGAAUAAUCAAUUACUACAAGUUGAGGGAAGACAUCAAGGUGUACAACAUCACCGGGAUGGGGUGUAGUGCUAGCCUCAUAUCAAUAAAUAUCAUUGAAAGUAUUUUCAAGAAUGAGAAGAACAAGGUUGCACUUAUGGUGACAUCUGAGUCCUUGAGCCCAAAUUGGUACUCGGGGAACGAUAGAUCUAUGAUUCUUUCCAAUUGUUUGUUUAGGUCAGGGGGUUGCGCGGUUUUAUUGACAAACAAAAUGGCUUUGAAAAACAAGGCCAUGUUCAAGUUGAAGCAGCUAGUUAGGACACACCAUGGUGCAAAAGAUGAAGCAUAUGAUAGUUGUGUACAAAGGGAGGAUGCUCAAGGUAACAUAGGGUUCCACCUUGAUAAAACACUACCAAAGGCCGCUACUCAUGCACUAGUCGAUAAUUUGAAACAAAUUGCACCCUUGAUCCUUCCGGUGAGGGAGCUACUUCGAUUUUCAAUUACGUUAUUUGUGAGAAAAAUGAAUUGGAGAUCAACAAAAAGAGGACCUAAACCAGUGAUCAAUUUCAAAACAGGUGUGGAUCAUAUUUGUCUACACACAGGAGGAAAAGCAGUGAUUGAUGGAGUUGGUGCAAAUUUGAACCUAAGUGAGUAUGAUUUAGAGCCAGCAAGAAUGACAUUGCAUAGAUUUGGUAACACUUCAGCAAGUAGCCUUUGGUAUGUGUUAGGGUACAUGGAGGCCAAAAAAAGGCUUAAAAAAGGUGAUAAAAUGCUUAUGAUUAGCUUUGGAGCAGGAUUUAAGUGUAAUAGUUGUUUGUGGGAAGUGUUAAGAGAUUUGGGAGAUGGAAAUGUGUGGAAAGAUUGCAUUGAUAAUUAUCCACCAAAUACUUUGGUGAAUCCUUUCUUGGAGAAAUUUGGGUGGCUGCAUGAUCAUGAAGAUCCAGACACCUUCAGUUUUCCAGAUGAUUAUGUUAUCUCUUGAGUUUUUUUUUUUCUUUUUUUUUUUUUUUCAGUUUAAAAAAGUAUUUAUGUUUUUUCUUGCUUAAGAAAGAACAAUAUCUAACUUCCAUGUAUUCAACUUCCAAGAUCAAUCAUACUAUUGUUCUUAUUA